AUGGGAUCCGAAUUCGGGGUCACGGCCGGUUCCAGCAGGAAACCCAACUUCGACGGCGUCGGCAUCUGGUGGACGACAUGGGCGGGCGUGUGGACGCUUGCGCUGCUCGGCGGCAUGGCCUUCCUGAUCCGCCGCCGCAACACGCCCAUUCUCCGUAUGCGCGGCAUCGGCCUGUCGCUCGCCGCCGUCGUCUUGCUUCACUUGUACUACUUCUCCGUCCAGCUCGGCUACGUUGUCGGCGCUCUGACCCCCGGCGACUGCGAGUACUGGAUCAUGGGGACCUAUCUGCCGCUCGGGAUCGCCCUGUUCCACGCCUCCAACAGCCGCUUCCUCUACGUCGCCAAGGUGCAGAAGAAGUUCCUCAGCCGCCAGGGCGACGGGCUGACCAGUCCGCGACGGAGGAUGGGACUCAGGCAUCGCUUCAGGGGCCUGAACUACACCACCAAGAUGGUCAUUGUCGUCGGUCUGGGAAUGAGCUUUCAGUUGUUCCUCACCCUCCUCAUGUGGUUGAUGUCGCGGAAGUGGCACAGCGGCUGGGGGAUCCCCGGCACCCAAGUCUACGGCACGGAAAUGGAGCAGAAGAUGGAAAUGGGCCGAGGCUGGGAGUGGUGGCCCGGCAUCUUUUGGCAGUUUGUCUGGGCCUGGAUCGUCGCUCCUUGUGUCCUGUGGAAGUCUCGCAACAUCAACGACACCCACGGCUGGAGGUUUCAGACCAUUGGGUGUGCCUUGGCUGGCCUACACGCGACCCCCAUGUGGCUCGUUGCGCUUUACGUCCCUGCCAUGCAGCCCAUCAACAAAUACUUCUUGCCUCCUCAGUGGAUCUGCAUAUCCAUCCUCGUCUUGGAGAUGCUGACGGUUUUCCUGCCCUGCUGGGAAGUCAUGCAGGCCACGACGCUCCGUCAAGAGACGCUGGACUCUAUCGCGCAGUGGGAGCGCAAGAACAAAAAGGCCGGCUCCGGCGCCAAGUCGGUCAAUACCGCCUCGACCGCCGUCGACACGUUGAUGAGUGGCCGAAAGUCCACGACGGGAUCCGUCAAGUCCACCGAUUCGCAGGAGAGUAUCCUUACCAUGAGCGCGCUCGAGUAUGUCCUGGAGCGUAACCCUACUCCGCUUCAGGAAUUCUCAUCCCUGCGCGAUUUCUCCGGCGAAAACAUUGCCUUCCUGACGAGCGUUUCCGAAUGGAAAGCAUAUCUGCCCCAUCUCGUCCGCCAGGGGGUCAAGGACAGCACGACGAGGGAGCUGAUCCGCGAGCGGUUCAACAGCGCUCUCCGCAUCUACGCCGAGUUUAUCAGCAUCAAAGACGCCGAGUUCCCCAUCAACAUUUCGUCGACGGAGCUCAAGAGGCUGGAGGCUGUGUUUGAGGCCUCUGCUCGCAUCUUGUAUGGCGAAAAGGUCGACGUCGAUCCCGCCACCCCUUUCGACUUUCCCGAGUCCUCGCUCAAGACAUCUAUCGAGACGUCGUCUCAUGACUUUGAAAAGGGCAAUCCUGCCGCGACGUCUUACUGCGAGGGUGUCAAGUUCUGGGGCGAGAUCCCCGAGUCCUUUGACGAGACGGUAUUCGACGAAUCCGAGAAGCACAUCAAGUACCUGGUCCUCACCAACACCUGGCCAAAGUUUGUCAAAGAUCGUCGGGUGUCCAUUGACGUGGGUUCCUGCGCAGAGAAAGGCUCUUCAAUCAUCAACUUUGUUCGCAAUCGUCGCCACAAGGGGUGA